AUGACGGUUUCCGACCAUGAGAUCUGCUUCACGCCGACAGAUGGACUGGCUAGGCCCCAGAAAUUCUACCCUACCAAGAUAUCUGUACCACAUCAUCAACUGCGGCACUUCAUCAGCACGGCAGAGGGCAAUCGCAUCUACUAUGUCACCGGUUACGAUGUCUUCGUCCUUGACCUUGAAACCCACGAAAACUCCCUUCUAGCCACGAUUCCCUUCGAAGCAAGAUGUCUGGCAGCAGAUCUGGGCUGGGUGUGUGUUGGCGGCGAGGUCAACGGAGACUGUGCUUUCAUCAAAGUGGAGAAAGACCAACAUGGGCAUCCGACCUGCUUCGGACACGACUUGGUCGUCGAUUUAUUAGGUGGUGAAAUAGUGAACUCCAUGAACAUUUACAAUGUGGCCAAUGAUGGGAACGGCCCAGACGAACCGGUCGUGCUGAUUAGCAACAACGACAAAUCGGUCAAGCUUUAUUCUCUUGCACAGCGGCAGGUCUUGACGACUUUAACACAUCCCGUACCUAUGAAUUUUGCAGCCAUGUCGCCUGAUUGUACCAUCAUUGCCGCGGUGGGAGACUCGGACAAGGUUUAUUUCUACAAGCGACACCUUGAUGAGGACUUCGAUCUCAUCGACGGUUCAGCCGGCAAGUAUCCCAAAUACGACUGGAAAGUCUUCGCAGAGCCAGUGGUGCCCACGGGAGACCCUGUCUUCGAUGACUACAGCUUUGCCGUGGCAUUCUCGCCUUCUGGACAUCUGUGUGCUGCUUCGUCACAGGGCGGUUCCAUCAGCGUUUUUGACAUGGAACGGCUGAUGCUCUCUGAUGAAGCCCCGGAGAAGUCUAUUCUGUGCAGUUUCAGGUCUUCCCGACCCACAUUAUUGGGUUGCGUGAGAGCAAUGUCCUUUUCUCCUGAGCCGUGGGAUAUCCUAGCGUGGGCGGAAGACCACGGGAGGAUAGGGCUGGCUGAUGUGAGAAGAGGUUUUGUUCGCAGGCAGAUUCUGAACCUGGACCAAAAGUCAGUAGAGAUCGUGGAAUUGGAGGACGGCACGCCCGUGGCGUAUCGCAAUUUAGGGGUCAAAGACCGUUUAAAGCAACAACAUCUUGCGCGCCUCAGGGCAAUGCGAGCCAUGUCUACACGUGACAUAGACGAGGAAGCAGGUAUCGUUGACCUAGGAACCGACACCAAUCGACGACUCGGCCGGCAAGAUCUCUUGAGCUACCAUCAGGGCCUGGAUCUCGACGCACGGGAGCGAUCUGUAAUCGAAGCACUUGAAACGACAAUGGACACUGUUUCGCAUCUUACAUCGCGGCCUUACAGCAUCAACUAUACUUCGUCGCCUCGAAUAAGAGAUUCUAUGACCUCUCCCGAUGCCAGGAGGGAUUACGAGGUUCAUCUUCUGAAUCCAGGGGCGCGGCGGACUAGUGCUUCGCAGCCUCAACAGCCCAGGAGGAGGUCGUCAAUCGUCCUCUCAGAGGCGACAUUGGCCGAUCGAAGCGCCGGCCAGAGUAGGUAUCUCGAUUCCGGUGACGGCCAAAGAGCGAGACUUUCGACAUCGCCCGGUCGCAUGGACGAGGAAGACGAAAUCUCGUUCAUGCAAGUUCAGGAGGGAGCUUCAAGAAGCACUACGGGCGGAAGGUCGAAUCCUCGGAGAGCUUCUAGCAGCAUUCCCCCGUCUGAUCCAUGGCACGUUAUACAGAAUGCGCUGGAGUCCGCACGCGAAUCAGACAACGGUGACCGAGUGAAUUUGAGAUACAUUGAGACUGUGCUGGAAGCUGAGAGACAGCUAGGAAAUCAGAUUGAGCGGCAGUUAGCUGACGAACGGCAACUGUCAAGUCUCCUUCGAAGGCAGCUUGAUACUCAACAACGGCUUCUCAAUGAAAAUUCUGCCCAACUGGAUCACUUGCGGGCGGGCGCUAGGGAAUGGAAUGCUCGCCUUGAAGCGACGCUCGAACGUGUUUUGCAGAGACAGCUGGCUAAUGAACAACGCUUUACUCAGCAACGGUCUCAGGAACUCCGGAGUGAGUUGAAUGUUGGCACGGACUAUUCCAGACGACUGGAAGAAGAGCGAGCAAGGCUGCUGGGCACAGACACUGUGACACGCUCAACGACGAAUACCGGAUCCACCUCUUCAGACUCGACAUUUGCUCAAACUUCGGCCCUUCCCACCACCAACGUUCGAUCGCUUGAGCCGUCGGACAAUCUUACCCAUAUCUUGACUGAUUACAGAGAAUCGAGUCGACAACGGCUUGCGCAUAUCGAGAACCUCGAGCGGCAAGUUCGUCGAGCCGAAGCGAGAGUGGCACAGGCGACAUCGGACAUUGAAUCUCUGGAAAAUAUCAUCCGAACACGCGACAUCCGCGGCGACGAGGAAGGUGGAAACAGAAGACGAACUGGGACUGAAGGAAUUCAACCGGUCAGAACAGCGGCAAUCACCAUAACAGCCAGACCAGACUCGACUCAGCCAGGGAGUCCGCGAUCGACUGCUACUCGUCGGUUGGCAGCGCCGGUCAUCAGAGCACAGUUAGCAACCGUGGACCGCCUUUCGGAACUUGCAGGUCGAGUUCCAGAGGCGGAUAUGCGGCUUGCACGGAUGAUGUUUCUGUCUGGCAUGUCGGGCAAUCGUGCUCUCGAUGCCAAUGGGAACUGGCUACCUGGGUCUGGGCUGCACCGCGUGGUUGUAGGCCCGUCGGCUUUAGCAGCCUUGACUGGGACUGCGUCCGUAUCUGGAGCAUCGCCGACAACGAGUGCGGAGGCUCUAAGAGAGAUUGGACCUGGGACUGCUGGGAUAGGCUUCAGUCCCGACGGACAGUUUCUGUAA